CGGGUGUUAGAAACAAGGACAACUUUUGUAACAAGUAAAGGAGAAGUGUUUCCUUUCCUCAAACUUUAACAACAACUCUUAAAUGUGUUUGAUAGCUGUCAGCAAUUAAACGAAAUGGCAGAGGACUCUUUAACCUGGAUAUCUGAUCACCUCUGGGUUCCAAUUGUGGCAUCCCUGGCGCUAAUCAUUGUCAUUGCCCUUUUAAUCUGGUUGGCAUGUCACUUGUGUCGAUCUUGUCAUCGAUAUGAUUACACAGCUCUUCAACAGGAUAUGGCAUUACCUGAGAAAAUCAGGAUUGAACAGAAAAUGCAGUUAGAUGCUGUUAGAGACACAGCCUUGAUGAAUUGCGGAUUUUACCUCAGGGCCAAAAGAUCAUUCACCAUAAUGGAGCACCUCAGUGAAAUAGGAAACAGAGUGGAUUCUCACUGGUUUAUGGUAUCAGAUGCCAGGACAGAAUCAUCUCACAUAUUGACAAUGUUUCCGCGUUCCUCCCAAAUGGCACUACCCUUCACUGUAGCCACGAAGAAGCAGCUCUCAGAGCUCUUCUUACUGCUGAAGCAUCCGUAUAUAUACCCCAUCUCAGAGGUUGAUUUCAUCUUGGAGCAAGGUUUAAUAGCGUCCAUUUACCCCUAUAACCCAUCAGGGUCACUGAAAGACCUUAUAUGCCAUGUGAACAGUUGUUUAGAUCCGUGGAGCAUGAAAUAUGCUUAUAGAGGGGAUGGGCUUCAACUUGGGCUGAUACAGUUGUUUGGCAAGCAGAUUUUACAGGCUUUACUGUUUCUUCAGAGUAAAGGGUUACCUCCCCAUGGACAUGUCCACUCAGGCAACGUGAUGAUUUGCAACAGAAUUUGCAGGCUGUCAUCAUGUGAGAGUAGCUUGGUGAGUUUGACUCCAAGGUUACAGCCCCUAGUCCAGAGAAAGCUGAGAGAAGAGGGAAAGGACUCCAUCGAUAGCAUUAGUUUUGGUCAUUUGUUGUAUGAGAUGUCAGCUGGGUGUGUACUUGACACUCCCACCCCACAACCCCGCCAUCUUGUUCAUUGUCCACAUGAAGUCAUCCAGGUUAUGAACUUCAUUUUCCCUGCAGAUGGCACACCCAUACCUUCUAUACAACAGAUAUAUUCACAUGAAUUCUUCAAGUAUGUGAAGUUAAAGGAAAAUGAAAUGUUCAAUGAAGCUCCAAUUCACUUUUCACCUGGUAUAAAAUCCCUUCUCAAAGCAGUUAAAAAAGGAAAGCCAUACAAGUCAAAAUCUCGCAAAAGAUCCACCACUACUUCUGAAAAUGAGAGUGUUAGGCGCCCUAGCCGUCAGAAUUCUGCCUUUCAAGAGGAGACUGUGUUUGGCCCUUCAUCACCCCCACCUGCCCCUCCUUUGCCCCCUCCGCCACCCCCUGGGGCACCAUCAGUGGAUAGUGAGCCUCCCUCAUACAGUAGUGUCAUGACUGGCAGGGGAGCCCUGCUUAGUGACAUACAACAUGGAACCAAGCUGAAAAGAACACUAACUGAUGACAGAAGUGCUCCCAGAGUAUAAAGUCAAGGUGUCUCACCAAUUCAUGGAAAGGAAAUUCUCGUCUCAAGAGUACUACAACAUCUACAUGGCAACCUUUUUGUAGCUUUACAUUGGCAGUUUACAGAGCUCAGGAGAGAUCCAAGGAAGUGAACUCCAUGUUAUAUUAGUCCCAGGUAUAUUAUGAGAGGUCAAUGAGUGCAAGCUGUUGACUAUGGAGGUGCAUAUAUCCAGGACUUGUUGCAGAGUGAUUUAGGGCUUCAUCUUUAAAUUGUAACCCAAGUUAAGCUCUUAAAGAUAUGCAGCCAAUUGAUUAAAUUUCGACCACUGAUCCUAUCUUACCAUAGUAUAAUUUCAGCCAAGUUUGAGUCUCCAGCUUGAAAUAUUUAGCUUUGUAAUAAAUGUUAAAACUUUGGACUUAAGCCUAAAAUGAAACUGGUUCCUGGUGCUUAUUUGAUGUCCAAGUUCACUAAGGAAGAUUGUUCUUCCACAAAUAAACUUGGUUGGCAUUAGGUUAUUGAUAUAUUUUGCAGUCAAAUAAAUAAAUGUAACGGGAAACAAUAAGCACUGCAUGCAUCUACGUCAUUUCUGGAGCAAAUUACCCUUUAGUCUCAAGGUAAAAACGUGUAUUUGAAUCUGGAAAUUGCUGGUUCAAAUCCACAGCUAGUAUGCUGGGCCACUUAAAGGUAACCAUGGGUGACAUUUUUUCAGUGCGUGUUUGGUGAAUACUUUUAUUUUAUUUGAAAGUAAACUUACAUUUUGGCUUUUUACUUUUUAAAAUUCUAUUAUAAAUUGACAUUACAUAUUUGUAUUUGACAGUUUGUACAUUUGCGUGUAUGAGUUUUAUGAUGAGGAGGUGAUUCUACACAUUUUAAAAGAUCAGUGAGAAAUAAUACAAGCAAUAAUGAUAAAGAUCCCUUUCUAUUCUUUGCCUUAUAUUAUUGGUUAUGUUUUCUUACAUAUUAUGUAUUUACACGGAUGUGCAUACAUUAUAAAAACAAAACAAUUAUGUAUAAUGGAUAUUUAAAUCAGUUGUACAUUAGUUUGUGAUUGCAAUGUGUUUAACAGUAUUUUUAAGUCAUGGAUGCUAUGUUACACAUUUGAUGUAAAAUAUCAAAGCUUUUGAGGUUGUUAAAUAAUUUAUCAUUGUGAAUAGUGAAUAUGAAGUCAAAAAUUCCGUCUGUGAUAUUGAACAUGAACGGAAAUUUUUAUGGAUUAAGUGUUUGAUGGUAAUAUCGGUAGAAGAAUGAAUGGAUAAGGGGUUUUAGCUGUUUAAAAUGGCAGGUAUCAAUUUUCAGAUCAACUAAGAUUUAAUUAAAAACCCUCAGCUGUGAUAUUGAAUAUGAAAGGAAAUUUAAAAGCUCUCUCCAAUACUUCAAAAAGUUAAAAAAAGCCAGUGAAUAUAAAACCCUUGUUGAAUAGGGUUGGCACCCUAUUCAACAAGGGUUUUAUAUUCACUGGCUACAGUUUUAGCUCACCUGUACAAGGUACAGGCAUAGCUUAUGUGGUAUGGUACCCUGAGCGUCAGCAUCCAAUAACAGGGAAGCUAUGUUAAACAAAAUGUAAGGCGGUGGAAUCUUAAAAACUACUGCAGGUAUUGAGCUCAGGUUUUGCUCACAUGUAGAACACAAUGGCAAGAGGGGGAUAUUCCAUCGUUGAUUCGGGGUGUGCAUAUUGAAUACAAAACAUUACUGAAUUUCUGACUUAGCUUAUUGUGUAUUAAAAUCAAUGUUAAACAAAAUGUUAGGGGUGAUAUCUCAACCAAUACUGUUCAAUCGCUGAUGCUUUGUAAAUGACCAAAUUCAUGAUUUCAGUAUUGUAUGAAGCUGUAGUUAUGCAUUCAUGUGUCUCCUACAGGCAAGCUCUUUCUUAGUCUUGCUACAAUAUCCAAGUGAUGAAUCUACAUGUCUAAACAGACAUUCGUGUACCAGCCGUCAGCCAAUAAGGAGGCUUCGGGCGAAUAAUUGCAAGGCGAACUCCCAAAACAACGCUUAACACAAACUACCAAAGAACUAAGAAAGUAUACAAAGUACGAAAAUAGGAUGGAAUCAUGCAAAGAGAAGCAAUAAGCAGUUUUCAUUGAGGUUGGAAAGACGCAAGGUAUGUUCUAGUCGACUGAGUGAAAUCCCUAUACAAAUCGUAUACCAUGCUAGAAUAUCAGUUGUCCACUUGUAAGUCCACUUUACAAAAUUCAAAAUGAGUUAGCAGCAACUGAAUACGUCAGUACAAUAAACUUGACUUUAAUAAGGCAUACAGAUUUGCCAUGUAUUCAGUUAUUCCUGUUUCACUUUAACAGUACAGUUCAUUCAUUCACAGCUGUUAGGUAAAGAUGACCCCUACAAGCCGAAUCAUGAUUUAGAGAGAUUUUGUACACAGCAGUGCCAUCAUUUUGAAGAAAAUUCACAUUGAGAAGAGGGAUUUAGUGUUGCAUGAAACGUAUCCCCAGGGAUAUCUUGGAGUACGUGUUCCCUAAAAAAUAGCAGUACUGACCCAGGAAAUAUCAAUGUGACCAAUUUUGCCUAUUGAACCGAACAAACUACUUGCAUCUCACAUCACCAAAACAUCAACAUGGGAUCAGUAGUCAGGGCUGCCAGUCAUGACAACACCUGGAUAGUCAGGAAUAAAUUUAUCAGUCUCAAAUUGUCAAGUAAAAGUUUGAAUCAUUCUUAUGGGUUAAAAUUAGUGUUAAAAAUUAGUAAAACAUUUCCGCACCUAGAUGUAGUUGGUUAAAUGUUGUAGCUGGGUAAUUGUUAGUUGCUAAAGAUCUUGACAGUUUCAAUAGUACACUUCAAUGGUUUUAUGUUUGUAUCUUUCAUCAAUUUUUCUUCCAAAAAAAUGGUCCAUGUACAGGAAUC